UAAUUUUCUUCAAAUAACCAAUUAUUAUUCUCUCUUCAGGGAUUUCUAUAUAAACAGCAUCUCCACAAGUAUUCAACAAAAUUCACUCUCUAAUUCUUUUGUCAGCUUUCAGAUCUCUCUUGUUUCAAUUUCUUCAACAUCAUGAAGUCCAAAUCUUCCCUGCAAUUGUUCAUCAUCCUUUUGGUUUUUUCAUUUGUCCUCUCUUCUGCUGCUCUCCAAACACCUAGAAGGCUUCUCCCAAACACAGAAAAACUCUCAACCCAAACUACAUCAGAUCAUAAGGGUGCUAAGAAAUUUUGGAAUGGAGAAGAAAUGUUUGACAUGGUAGAGGGAAGGGUUGAUUUGGAAAGUGAUGAUUAUCCAGGUACAGGUGCAAACAACCGGCAUGAUCCAAAGACACCUGGAACACCUUGAGCAAAUGCAUAAAUUUUGUAAAUAUUAUAAUUAAGGUCUUAGAGAAUUUAAUGCAACAAACUUGGUAUAUGGGAUUUGCAUAUUGUUAAUUCUUGCUGCUAGAAUAUUCCUUCAUCCAAUAUUUUGUUCUGGAUGAAUGUGUUUGUCUGUAGUGGGGUUGCUGAGCUAUUUUGGCUUAGGUUUGUGGGGGUAAAUUUAAGUGUCUUGUUUGGUUAUUUCUGUAAACUUUAGAGCUCAAACAAAUAGUGACAGAAACUCCAAUUCUCUAGAGUAAUUAA